AUGUUCAUACCCAUAGUGUUCUCCAUACUAUUAUCUCAUGUUUUAGCUGAUGAUACCAUCAGCUAUUGUAAUUCCACCGUCCAGUGUCCAGAGUCUUCUCCAUGCUGUUCUCAAUAUGGUCAAUGUGGUUCUGGUGCCUAUUGUUUAGGUGGUUGUGAUAUCAGAUAUUCCUUUAAUUUAUCAUCAUGUAUGCCAAUGCCAAGAAUGACUAGUUUUACUUAUGAUUUCACUAGUAUUGAUGAUGUCGAAUUACAAACUCAAUAUUUAGGUAAUUCUUCUGAAUCAGAUUGGGUUUAUACUGGCUGGGUUGCUGAACAUGACAAUGCCUUAUUAUUACAAAUGCCAAAUGAUACAACCGGUACUGUGGUAUCAUCCACCAAAUAUUUAUGGUAUGGGAGAGUUAAUGCAACUUUAAAGACCUCUCAUGAUGCUGGGGUUAUUACUGCCUUCAUUCUUUUCUCCGAUGUUCAAGAUGAAAUCGAUUAUGAAUUCUUAGGUUAUAAUUUAACUGCUCCUCAAACAAAUUAUUAUGCUCAAGGUCUUUUAAAUUAUACUAAUGCAAGAAAUUCUUCAACCACAGAUACUUUUGAAAACUACCAUACUUAUGGAUUGGAUUGGACUGAAGAUUAUUUAACUUGGCUGAUUGAUGGAGUAGCUGUUCGUACUUUAAACAGAAAUGAUACUUGGAAUGCAACUGCUGACAGAUAUGAAUUUCCUCAAACUCCUUCAAGAAUUCAAUUUUCUUUGUGGCCUGGUGGUGAUUCUCUUAAUGGUUUAGGUACUAUUGAAUGGGCUGGUGGUGCUAUUAAUUGGGAUUCUCAAGAUAUUCAACAAUAUGGUUAUUAUUAUGCCUAUGUUCAAAAUAUUACCGUUGAAACUUAUGAUUUACCAAGUGGUGUUAAAUUAGAUGGUUCAAAUAAUGAAACUGAAUUAAAUGCUUUCCUUUAUAAUUCCACCGAUGGUAAUUCCACCGAUGUUUACUUAACUAAUAAACAAACUUGGUUAGGAUCUUCUAAUGCUACUGGAUUUGAUCCUCAAAAUGAUAAACCAAUUGUUAAAAAUGUUACAUCAACCAUUCUUCUGACUAGUGGAUCAUCAGUCGUCACUAAAACUACUAUCCAUACCACAGCUCAAGUUCAAUCCGCCAAUGCUCCAGAACAAAUUCAAGUCAAUGGUGGCCAAACCGUAGUUGUAACUACUGCCCAAGAAACGUAUGAUUCAGCAGCUGGUAUUGGUGGAUUUGUUCAAAAUUCCAAAGCUACCACUAGUGCAGGAAGCAAUGGAGGUCGUUCGACUGGAUCAAGUGGUUCUUCAGGAGCUUCUGCUAUCAUUACUACCAGUAUCGCUGGUAUAGUUGGAUUGAUUAGUGCCAUUGGUCUUGGUGUUAUUUCAUUCUUUAUGUAG